ACAUAAAGAAAGCUUUUUGUGUAAAAUAAUUAGAGACGCCAAAUUUUUAUAGGAUUUUUAUUUGAUCAGCUGAUUAAUUCCGAAAGUAAUUCAAGCGCGACCUUAUUGUUUUUGUUUACAACAAACGAAGUGUAUCAAAACAUUGAAUACUGCACACCCACAGAAUCAUACCGUAUAUAUAUAGCGAUGUUGGACCUCCAGGUUGUUCCUGAGCGUGCAUUAGGAAACGAACAAUGGGAAUUUACUUUAGGCAUGCCCAUUUACCAAGCUGUACAAAUCAUACAAAGACAAUGUCGAAUUAUUAAAGAGGUGCAUGUUGUGUACAAUGAGAAACGACCAUUUGACAGCGACAUUAUUUUGAAUCUAAUCAAUGAUGGUAUCAGACUUUUGUUUGAUUCAGAAAACCAAAGGUUAAAAGUUAUUGAGGUGUACGAUAUGAACAAAAUGAAGUUAAAGUAUUGUGGUGCAUACUUCAGUUCCCCUCAAGUUCAUCCCACAGUACAACAGAUUGACCAAUCGUUUGGUGCCACACACCCAGCCCAAUAUGAUGAGAAACAUCACAUGUUUGUCCUCUCUUUCAGAGGAAUCACUUUUCUCUUCCCAGUAGAACACGAGGCAUUUAAUGGACAUUCCCUCAGAAGUUUACCAAACACCUCUACACCUGUAGUUGCGAAGAUGAGCAUUUACACUGGAAACAACUUGAGUGAAACUAGAGCCCCAUCAAUGCCACCUUCUUGUUACCAUGGCAACUUGUAUUCAAAAUGCACGGAAAUCUUACUUGACAAUGGUAAAUGCAGUGGGUUACAAAUGCAGCUUGUUUCAGGAGGAGCAGGGCAUGCUAUGGAGCUAAACUGUUCAACGUUGAUUCGACGCGUCAGGUUUGGUGACACAGUUCAGGAUGUAUUAACUGAAAUUGGAAGUCCAUGUCAGACUUUCUACAAACUUGAGGAUAAAAUGCGAAUUCACUCAGCAAGUCCACACAAGCUCUCACCUACCCAGCACUCUGAUUACUUUUACAAUUACUUCACUCUUGGCUUAGAUAUCCUUUUUGAUGGGAAUUCACACCGAGUGAAAAAGUUUGUUUUGCAUUCAAACCAUCCUGGACACUACAAUUUCAACAUCUACUACAGAUGCGAAUUUAAGAUUGAUCUCUUUAGUGAAAAUGAUUCUUUUGCUAUUGUCCCAUCUACGCGAUGGCAGAGUGUAAUGAAUGCAUUGGAGGAUCAUUUUGUCAUAGGUGAACCUGUUGUAUUAAAUCGUGCCUCAUCUACAAACACAACUAAUCCAUUUGGAUCUACAUUUUGCUAUGGAGUACAAAACCUAAUAUUUGAGAUAAUGGGAAAUGAUUACAUUGCAUCUGUAACUAUCUACCAACCUAAAAGCGAAACUUAGCUCCUAGAAGUAUUAUUAGCGCAACUCACACAGCACUUUAGAAUGUACACUGGUGUUCUUGUACCUGUUUUCCUCAGCGUUUUAAAUGGAUUUUGUCUGGCUGAAUUGAUUGUGUUGUUUCGCUAAAGUGCAAUGUUUGUUUUUCUUAAAUUUGUUUUAACCAUAUACCCUACGUUAUUGUAUCUACUCUUGCUGCAGAAAAUUGGAAGUUUCAGAGUGUAAAAUAUUUUUUUUUGUAUGCAGCUCAGUGUUGCCUUUGAGGGAAUACAUGUUGUGAAUUUUUGUUAUUAA